GGGAGCUUUGAAGGGAAGCAGAGAAAAAGCAACAUGGGAGGGGGAUGUGGAUGUCGAGGAAGCAGUAAGAGCAGAUGGCCAACUUCGAGACAGUGGUGGGGGCAGUUUUCUGUUCCAUGGAUGGUUGGAGAGGUCUGAGUGGAAAUUCAGAAGAGCCUCGCUUGAAGUGAAGCUAUGUGUAUGCAUUCACGUGCACAUAAUGUGUGUGUGUGGUGGAGGAGUGCUCAUGUAUCUAUUAGAGCGUGUGUGUGUGUGUGUGUGUGUGUGUGUGUGUGUGUGGUGUGUGUGUGUGUGUGUCUGUGUGUGCGCGUGCGUGUAUGUGCAAAUGAAGACCAGACGACAACCUCAGGUGUCAAUCAACCUACUGGAACUCUCUAAUUGGCUAGGCUGACUGGCCAUCAAGACCCAGGGAUCUACCUGUCUGGAGUUACAAGUGUGUGUCACCCCAUCUUGCUCUUUUUUUUUCUUUUUCUUAAAAAAAAAGAUUUAUCCAUUUAUUUAUUCUAUAUAAGUACACUCUAACUUUCUUCAGAAACACCAGAAGAGGGCAUCAGAUCUCAUUAAAGAUAGUGGUGAGCCACCAUGUGGUUGGUGGAAUUUGAACUCAGGACCUCUGGAAGAGCAGUCAGUGCUCCCAACCACUGAACCCUCCAGCCCCCAUCUUACUUUUCAACAUGGUUGCUAGGGUUCAAACUCAGGCUCUCAUGCUGGUGCAGCAAGUGCUUACUGGCUGAGCCAUCUCUCCAGCUGUUGCAGUGGAGUUUUGUGCUGUGGGUUUCAGGGUUGCCAGGGAGAGAGGUGGUUAAGUCUCCGAGCAUGUAUCUGUCUGCCUCUCCCUGAUCAGACUUUAUGAAAAGGUGCUGGAGGAGGCUUAGAUUCAGAGAAAUUAAACUUGUCUAGUAAACAGCAGAUGGUGACCUCCCACAGACAGACACGAGCCAUCGUAACCCAUCAAGUUGAGGAGAGUGAUGUGAAAAGGCUUGUAUGUUCCUCACAGUGGUUGCAUUGAGUUUGUAUUGAAGUCAAAUGUCCCCACUUAUCCUGAACUGUGGCUCCUGCACAAUGAAGGAUGCUCCCCAACUGAGACAACCCUGGUCUUCAAGGGGACAAGGGUCCAGGGAAGGCAGCUACAGACCUGGAAUGCCUGAAACACUUCCCAGAGUCUUGCUGGUCUGUUGGUCAUACUUAGCAAACUUUUUGUAGUGCUGGCUGUGUCCAGCAGGGGGCCCAUUAGCCUCUCCCCGCCUCUGUUCCUGCCUUGGGCCGCUAGAUGUCAGUAGGAAUCCAGUGAGUUGGUAGCUGUGGGCGGGACCUACAGGGUAGGCUAGCUCUUUCCUGCCGGUCUCCGCCUCAUUCUUACCUUUCCUGUUCAUCACAUUCUUUUAGGCCUGUGUGCGGUUUUAAUAGAAAUACGAACGCUGCCUGCGGCUGGUUUGGGGAGCAGCAGGCCACUGAUUAGGAGUUUUUGUUGUUGGUACAAAUGUCUUGAGAUUGUUGAAAGGGGGAGCCUAUGGUUUAUGACGCUGGUUUCUUGGCGGCGGGCCUAGGCAACAGCAGUCUUUACAGGACUUCCAGUGCUGUUGGUCAGUCGCCCAGGGUUAGUUGCUUUGGGCAGGGCAGCUGGUGCCUGCAACUACGUUCCCAUGGAGGUGCGGACACUUGAAGUUUUGCCACUUAGGUGGGGAGAGACGAGCAAGAGCAGUGUGAAGUGGAAGCAACUGGAGCACAAGGGUCCGUGCUUCGCCCCAGCCUAUGAGCCCCUUCCUGAUGGAGUACGUUUCUUCUAUGAUGGCAAGCCAGUGAGGCUGAGCUUGGCAGCGGAGGAGGUUGCUACUUUCUAUGGGAAAAUGCUGCAUCUCGAGUGUACGACCAAGGAAGUCUUCCGGAGGAACUUCUUCAGCGACUGGCAGAAGGAAAUGACAGCUGAGGAGAGGAAGCUCAUCACACACCUGGACAAGUGCGACUUCUCGGAGAUCCAUAGGCACUUCAUGGAAAGAGCUGAGGCCCGCAGGACCCUUCCCAGGGAGCAGAAGCAGAAACUAAAAGAAGAGGCAGAGAAGCUUCAGCAGGAGUUUGGCUACUGUAUUUUAGAUGGCCACAGAGAGAAAAUAGGCAAUUUCAAGACGGAACCACCCGGCUUGUUCCGCGGCCGAGGCGACCAUCCCAAGAUGGGGAUGUUGAAGAGGAGGGUCAUGCCAGAGGAUGUGGUCAUUAACUGUAGCAGAGAUUCCAAGAUCCCAGAGCCCCCGGCUGGUCAUCAGUGGAAAGAGGUCCGCUCGGAUAACACAGUCAUGUGGCUGGCUGCCUGGGUGGAGAACAUCCAGAACUCCUUCAAGUACAUCAUACUGAACCCCAGCUCCAAGCCGAAGGGAGAGAUGGAUUGGCAGAAGUAUGAGGUAGCACGACGCUUGAAGGGGGUUGUGGACAAGAUCCGUGCUCAGUAUCAGGCUGACUGGAAGUCACCAGAAAUGAAGAAAAGGCAGCUGGCUGUAGCCCUUUAUUUUAUUGAUAAGCUGGCACUGCGAACAGGAAAUGAGAAGGAAGAGGGUGAGACGGCCGACACCGUGGGCUGCUGUUCGCUCCGAGUGGAGCACGUCCGACUGCACACGCCCGCAGAUGGCCAGGAGCAUGUGGUAGAGCUGGACUUCUUGGGGAAGGAUUCCAUCCGUUAUAAGAAUCACGUGACGGUGGAGAAGCUUGUGUUCCAGAACCUUCAGCACUUCAUGGAAGACAAGGACCCUAGGGACGACCUCUUCGAUGCACUGACUACUUCCAGCCUGAACAAGCACUUGCAGGACUUGAUGGAGGGGCUGACAGCCAAGGUGUUUCGGACCUACAAUGCCUCCAUCACUCUGCAGGAGCAGCUGCGGGUGCUGACCCGUGCUGAAGACAGCCUAACCUGCAAAGUCUUAGCUUACAACCGGGCAAACCGGGCUGUGGCGGUCCUCUGUAACCAUCAGAGAGCAAUUCCUAAGACCUUCGAGGAGUCCAUGCAGACACUGCAGAAAAAGAUUGAGACAAAGAAGGCACAGGUGGCUGAGGCACAGGUGGAGCUGCAGAAGGCAGAGACUGACCUUAGAAUGAGAGGGGACAGCAAGUCCAAAAGUUUCCUUCAGAAGCAGCAGCGGCUGCUGAAGCUGGAGGAGCAGCUGGCUCGACUGUGCACGAAGGCCACAGACAAGGAGGAGAAUAAGCAAGUGGCCCUGGGCACCGCCAAGCUCAACUACCUGGACCCCCGGAUCAGCAUUGCAUGGUGUAAGAGAUUUGGUGUGCCCGUAGAGAAGAUCUACAACAAGACCCAGAGAGAGAGGUUUGCUUGGGCCUUCAACCAGGCAGGUGAAGACUUUGAAUUUUAAGUAGCCUCUUUGCCACUGGAACUUUCUUACUGUGAAGCAAUAUUGUGGUUUUCUAUAAUAAAAUGCUGGGGGAAGGCG